AUGAACAAUAAUCAGUUCCACGAGCUGUUCGGGUCUCAGUGGCCCCCGGACCAGCACGGAGGACACUCGUCGGCCUCGACGAUGCUGCAUCAGCAGGGGUUGCCCCAAGGGAUGCAGCUGAAGCGGGAGCCGCAUGAGGUCCAAGGAAUGCACAUGGGCAUGGAUAUAACAUCAGGGUCCGUAGCUGACAGCACCUCCCCUCCCCCCAACAGCGAGGGGAUGUUUGGGUCAUCGAUCUCCGGAAUGUUCAUGGACAAGAAAUCUGCCAACUCUAUAAGAGCCCAAAUUGAGAUAAUACCAUGCAAGGUAUGCGGAGACAAGUCGUCGGGGGUCCACUACGGUGUCAUCACCUGCGAGGGCUGUAAAGGAUUCUUCAGGCGCUCACAAAGUACAGUGGUGAACUACCAGUGCCCACGUAACAAGGCGUGUGUGGUAGACCGCGUCAAUCGCAACAGAUGUCAAUACUGUCGCCUUCAGAAAUGCCUGAAGCUCGGCAUGAGUCGUGAUGCUGUCAAAUUUGGUCGUAUGUCAAAAAAGCAGCGGGAAAAAGUACAAGAGGAGGUGAAAGCGGUGCAACUUCGCACUCAAAUUGAAGCAGCUCCAGACUCAGUCUAUGACUCACAAAGACAAACGCCCAGCUCUAGCGAUCAAUUCCAUGGACAUUAUAAUGGCUAUCCGGGCUACGGAUCGCCUCUUUCAUCAUAUGGUUACAACAACACAGCGCCAACGCUAACGUCAAAUAUGAGCGGUUUGCACCAACAACCACAGCAACAGUACGACGUGUCAGCGGACUACGUUGACUCAACGACGUAUGAACCGAAACAGACAGCUAACUUUCUUGAAACAGACUUUAUUGGGAACGACGAACAACAAAAGUCAACGAUUCGUCCAACACCAACAACAACAUCAACAUCAACGUCCACAUCAACAAUCCGGCCUGUCAACGUUGACAGCCGGCGAAUACAGGAGUUCGAUCGAUACGAGGAGCGAAUACAAUCACCCGUGUCCAUAUCUAGCGGAGUUAUUAACAUAAAACAAGAAAUUAAACCAGAAACAUCAAUCGGCGUUGACAAUCUUGUUGCAAGUUAUGUUGACUCAACGACAUAUCUACACAGUCCGUCAAACAUACAGCAUAGCCCCAUGGAGAUACAGAAUUCCGUGUUGGUCAGUCAGAAUUCCUUGAACGAGGAGCUGAGCCCGGACGAUAUGACGUCCAGUAGUGGUCAUAGAAUGAUGGAUCCCUUGAAUAUGAAUAUGUCAGGGAUGGGAAUGGUGAACCCGAAUGCCGUGACGAGGCGUCAUCAGGGUUCAAGUAGCUCGAGCGAAGAUUUGCCGUCGGAAGGCGAUCUAAGCAAGAUGUUGGUGAAGAGCUUAGCCGAAGCUCACGCAAACACAAAUCCAAAACUUGAAUACAUCCAUGAGAUGUUCAGAAAGCCACCAGACGUGCCUAAACUAUUAUUCUACAAUUCAAUGACAUACGAAGAGAUGUGGCUGGACUGCGCGGACAAACUGACAGCCAUGAUACAAAAUAUCAUUGAAUUUGCAAAACUCAUUCCUGGUUUCAUGAAACUCAGCCAAGAUGAUCAGAUCCUACUUCUUAAGUCAGGAUCAUUUGAGCUGGCGAUUGUCCGCCUCUCGCGAUUGAUUGAUAUCAACAGGGAGCAAGUUUUGUAUGGAGACGUCGUUCUGCCAAUAAGGGAAUGCGUACACGCACGUGAUCCUCGAGACAUGGCGCUAGUGUCGGGUAUAUUUGACGUGGCAAAGUCGAUCGCAAGACUGAAGCUCACCGAAACUGAGUUAGCUCUAUACCAGAGUCUAGUACUGCUGUGGCCAGAAAGACACAACGUUCGCGGCAACUCAGAGAUCCAAUGUCUGUUCAACAUGUCAAUGACGGCCAUGCGCCAUGAGAUCGAGACAAAUCAUGCGCCGAUCAAGGGUGACGUCACAGUUCUAGACACAUUGCUGGCUAAGAUACCCACCUUCAGAGAACUAUCGCUGAUGCACUUGGAGGCUCUAUGCCGCUUCAAGGCCGCGCACCCACAUCAUUCGUUCCCAGCGCUAUACAAGGAACUGUUCUCACUAGAUAAUGUGCUCGACUACACGCACCAAUAA